UCCUCCUGCUUUCACAACAGUGGUGCACUUCACCAGAGUCACUUGGUCCCUGUUGUUUUCAUCUGGGAGUUGUAUGCUCGAUAUCUCUGGCCAGCACACAAACAGCACAGAGCAUGGAGAUUCUGGGAAGGUGUGAGUCCUUUUCCCUCUGGAUAACUGUGCUGUCCUUUGGAAGGGUUCUCUCCAUGGAUUUCUCUUACCUGGGAUCCUCCCUGAGCCUGCAGUCCUCCUUCCAGGAGAACACAACACAGGUACUUUUAUAUUACCAAGGGAUUGCUUCUCCUUGUUCCAGUACCGAAGAUGGGAUUUGCAGGGCUGUGAACUGCACUUCCAGAGUCCCCUCCGCAGGUUUACGGAACUCCACAGCCCUGUGCCAGCUAGAGGGAGAGGCGGCCAUCUUCCCCGCUUCCCCUGGAUCCUUCCCCAUGAGGCUCUCCAGCUGCUGCUGGUCCCAGACUGUGUUCUCUCCCAGUGAGGAUAACAACUCCAGUGUCCAGUUUGAGAUGGUGAUGACUUAUACCCUGGGUGCUCGCUCUGAUACAGGAUCGACAAACACGUCUCCGCAGACUCCGCUUCUGCCUCCUCUCAGAGUUCCCCAAAACUGUGCUACAUUGUAUAAUCUGAGUGUCUCAGACCAAGAUGGGGAUGUAGUGAGGUGCCGAUAUGGGCGUCGAGAGGAGCUUGCCUGUGCUUUCUGCAAGAAGUACCCUUUUCUGCAUUUGGAUGAGGAAGGAUGCACCCUUAGAUACGAUGGAAUGGGCUCCGAAGGCACCCACCCAGUGGAGCUGAUGGUGGAGGAUUUCCCCAGGAAAAUGGUGGUCCUGAAGUUUGAGGAUGGGAUGCAUGAGAUUCAGCCAUACAAUGCUUCAGGAGGGGGCGGGAACGAAGCGCUAAGUUCUGUCCCACUUCAGUUCACCUUAACAGUGGAGAAGCCAGUAGAGGACUGUGCCUUUGGAAUUAGAAGGCCAAUAUUUAUCAGCCCAACCCCAGGCGAUGGGGACAGGAUCAGCGUGCUGCCCUACGAGGACGUUUCCUUCACAGUGAUGGCUGUCAGCGCAAAAGAAAGGAUGGCGGACUUGCAGAUUCUGGGUCCUUACGGGCUACACACACUGGGUCUGUGGAUGGCAGAUGAUCUCUGCACUGUCUCUGUGAAUAUCACCUGGGAGAGCAGGAACCCUGCAAGAUCGCACCAGGUUCCUGUAUGUUUUGUGGCCAGCACAUUGUCCAGGUUACAGUCUGAGCUCAGAUGCAUUUGGAUUGUGCAGAGGGUGUUUGUAACUUGUGACGUGAAGCUGUGUCUCAGCUUGAACAGGUCCAGGCUAUGCCCUUCAGGGUGCAGGUCCUUCAAAAGCAACGAUUCGCCAUGGAAGAUACUAGAAACAAAGAUCCAUCGGAUCACCGCUGGGCCAAUCCAGAUCACCAAGGGUCCUUCCAGUGGUACCAACUACACUGCCUUAGUGGUUGGGAUAGUGCUGGGCUGCACAGUGGUGUGUGUUGUCUUUCUGCUGUUGAAGAAGUCCUUUGUGGGGGUGCCAGACAGGAAUGUAUCCCUAAGAAUUUGAGACCAUCACUGCAAAGGGCAUUUAAGGCAGUCAGAUGGCUGGGAAGAUUACUGCACUUGAACUUGAAGGACACAACUGAAAAUUCCGAGAGAGCAACAGCAACAUUUGUGGGAAUCAGAUGCUGAGCAGAUUGCUUAUGGCAACAUUUCUGAGUUUGGUACAGGUUACCCUGGUGGCACGAAGCCCACAAUCAAGUGGUGUUUGGGUGGUUUAAAUUCUAGAAUCCACUAGGACACCGAUUAAAAAAAAGAAUAUGGAAAACACCACAUACUUGUGACUUUUAGAUGUGAUUUGCUUAAAGACUUGUCUUCACUGCAACAGAUAGCUUA